UGACGAAUCACGAACAAUUUAUGCGUCUCCAACUAGAAACCCUCUUGGCGACGCACUGUCUGACGCGGCUCCACCAAUAAACACUUCGGAGUUCUGCAUCUUUCUUUGCCAAUUUCGAUUAGUUUAUUCUCUCUCUUUGCUGAGUUUGCUUUGUAAAAACAACACCUUUUUCUCUCUCUCACAUUCACAUUUUCAUCCAACUGUAAUUAUUUUGUCUCUGUCUCUGUCUCUCUGUGUGUUUUUUGUUUUUUUUUUUUUGGUUGGAAAUGGACGAAGUGAUGACAGCCGCAGAUGCGUCUUCGAGAGUCAGAUCGGAGCCGUCCAUGAUCCCCUCCAACCUUCCUCUCCUCACCGCUUUCCUCUCCUGCGCUCUCGCCCAGUUUCUCAAGCUCUUCACCACCUGAUGUGCAGGUACAAAGAAAAGAGAUGGGAUUCUCGAAGGAUGCUUGGGUCAGGUGGAAUGCCUUCGUCACAUUCAGCAACUGUAACAUCUCUUGCAGUUGCUAUUGGCUUGCAAGAAGGAAUGGGAGGACCAGCAUUUGCUGUUGCGGUGGUCUUGGCAUGCGUUGUAAUGUACGAUGCUACUGGAGUUAGACUUCAUGCUGGUCGCCAAGCUGAAUUACUAAAUCAAAUUGUGUGUGAGCUGCCUCCUGAACACCCUGUCUCUAAUGUUAGACCUUUACGAGAUUCACUCGGUCAUACCCCGCUUCAGGUUGUUGCAGGUGCUAUAUUGGGAUGUGUGGUAGCGCUCCUCAUGAGAGGUUCUAGUUAAGGGGAUGAUAUAGUGAAUGGCAAUAUUUUGGUCAUUCUAGUCAACAAUUACCAAGCUGGCAAGCUUUCAAUGUGGUCAGAAGCUUUUCUGCAUUGAGAUUUGGAUUUGGAAAGAGAGGUUUCAGAGUUGAGACUAUAGUGAUUCUUAAUUUGAUGUAUGCAUACUAGUCUUCAUACGAGUGGCUUAAUGUUAGAUGUAAUUAAUUCCUUGUUAUUGGUCUAAAAUGUUCAACUAUCUUCUAUAAUGAUCCUGGAUUAACAAUUCUUACCAAAA